AGUGGAUACAGAGCAUUUUACGGAUUUAUCAUAAUGAUAAUGUUGGUUCUAGGAGAUCUGACCUGUUAAUUUAGCUGAAUGACAAGUGAAUAUAAAAAUCCCCCAAAAACUGGCUAACAAUGAAAAAUGGGGAUAAUUAUAUUUUAAAUAUCUGUGUAUGUGUAUAUGUGAGACUGUGAGUUGAUCCACGGAGAAAACGAAGGCACAGAAGAGAGUCACGAGCUCAGGCGGAAUGAGUGUUUGGAAACGACGGAGACAGACAGCGCGGUGAGGUGACUGAGGUGGACGCUUGGUCAGUGAGAACUUAAAAAUGGAUGUGUCUAAAAGGAUCAUCAGAAAUCUGGAACCAGCGAGACCUCUGCGCCGUCUGAACAUAAAUCAAGUGCCCCAAAGUUAUGCUGAAGUUAAGCCGGUAGAAAAGCCUGAUAACAUUAUUAAAGUGGAGCAUUUCUAUGAAAUCCUGCAUCUUCAAAGCACCAGCCCCCAACCAAAAAAGAAAGCCAAAAGAAUUUGCUACACUCGGGACUUCCUCAUCAAGUUGGCAAGUUGUCCAAUGGCUAAGAGGAAACCUGAGUUUUUACCAGAACAUCCGAUCGUCUUGGAGAAUGGAAGAACAAAUGAUGUGCCUGAGUACUACAACAACAUCAUCAACAACAACAACGAGGAAUUGGCUGCUUAACGUGGGGAAUGUCUUAGUCUUUUUUUUUAUUGAACUAAAACUGCAAUGCAUGGGGAUCAAGUGAAAAGGAUCACAAGUUAAAUUGAUAACUUUUAUGGUUAUGAAGGGUACAAAAACAUUUCAUCUUAAACUUUUCACUGAAAACAGAAGUUAGGUAAAGACAAACAUUAAUACAGCUAAGAAAUGGUAAAAACCUCUAACAGGUGUUGCAAUGCUUGUUCCUAACCAGUCCACAGUACAGAGAGUUGAAUGAUACUGACAGCACUGAUGCCUUGAUCCUUGCAAAAAAAAUUCCACAUCCCAAUUUGUCGUGUUAAACUCGUUCUCCUUUCUUGACCACAACUACACUCAAGUUUAUAAGUUACCUUCUCAAACAUUUGUAAUGUCCAACUCAGGCUUUUGAUCCCUGCCUAAUGUAGGUUGUGUUAAUACACUGCUCUAAAACUGUUCUAGAUUCAUGGUCUGUGGUGUUAACAUUAGUUUUUUUUUGUGGAUGUUUGGUUUUGAAGUGUUUAAGAUUGAAGUGCACCUUAAAUUAUAGACUCAUUCUGGCAAUUUCAUAUGCCUGAAUUACACUUUAGAGAGGCAGAUUGGAAAGGUUUUCACUUUGCUUAACUGUAUUGAGACUGGACAUUAUAGAGAGAUGAGACUGGCAAGCAAAACUCUCAUUAUCAUUUGACAAUUAUUGAGCCUGUGGAUGGGUAAUAAUAAGCUUUUUUUAAAAGCUAUUUUCAUUUUUUGCAAGCAUCACACUUGAAAAUAGGUUUCUUUAUAUGCAUAUACAUAUACAUUUAUUUAAUUCAUUGCUGUGAAGUGGAUUGGAGCACCGAAUAAGUGUUUGUUACAGUACUGUAGCCUUUUCAGUAUUAUAAUAUUAUCUUAUUAAAAGUUAUUAGAAAGAAAUGUAAGAAUAGACCAAUCUGGAUCUUAUGCAAGGUUUUUUCAUUUCUUUAAUUUUUGCACAUCUGGGCAGAGGCAAUAUUUGCUUUUUGUAUCACACUGUAAUUUGUCAACUCAUUGUCUCAACUUGAAAUUCGAUUUAUUCCACUAAAUAUACUCAGUAAAGAAACAUUUCUUUUA